CACACUGGGAGUGACGGGGAUCACACUGGGAGUGACGGGGAUCACACGGGGAGUGACGGGGAUCACACUGGGAGUGACGGGGAUCCCACGGGGACGGUGACAGAGAUCAGCGGGAGCCCCGAGGCGCGGGGUGCGGGCCGGGCUCAUGCAAAUUUAUGCUAAUGACCCCGGCCGCGGCGGCGCCAUCGAGCCGCGGAGUGCGGCGGCGCAGAGCGCGGGAGGAAGUGACGUCACGAGCAGCGCCGCGGCGGCGGGAGAUUUGAACAGGGCAGCGGCAGCGGCGGGAGCCCUGCCGGACGCCUGGACUCGCCCUGACCCUGCGGCGGACUCGGCCACGCCAUGCCGCGCCCCAAACCCACCCCCCGGCGGCGUGGCGCUCCCCCAGCCCCCCCAUCGCCCCAGCCGCGGGCACGCAGCCAAACAGAUCUGCUGAAGCCCCCACAGACCCCUGUCCACUGCCUCUGCAGGGCGCCGCCCAGGCCAGCGGGCAUUGCAGGAGAUCCGCAAGUACCAGAGCAGCACCCGCCUGCUGCUGCGCCCCGGCCCCUUCGCCCGCCUGGUGCGGGAGAUCUGCCUACUCUUCACCCGCGGGGUGGAUUACCGCUGGCAGCGCAUGGCUCUGCUGGCGCUGCAGGAGCUUUUAGGACACAGGCGGCAGAGGCCUUCAUCGUGCGGAUGCUGGAAGACGCGUACCUUUGCUCGCUGCACGCCCGCCGAGUCACCCUGUUCCCCAAGGAUCUGCAGCUGGCCCGGCGCCUGCGAGGAGCCGAGGGCGGGGGCAUCUGAAUGGCGACCCCCCUGAGCCCCUGCACAGACUCAAACCCCCAGACCCCUGUCCCAGGACCCCCACCCUGAGGCUCACUCCUGACAAUCUCACACCCCUAAUUUUACUGGGACCUCCUACGGUACCAGCAUGCUGAGACACCCCACCACGGGGUCCCCCAAAGCUGGGGCCCUAUCCUGACAUGCCCAAUCUGAUUUAGGAUCCACUUCCCCAAGACCCCCCAUAUGGACCCACCUCAUAGACUCCCCCCUACUGGAUCCCCACCUCAGGAUCCCCAACAACCCUCUCAGGGACCCAUCCCAGGGUGGAGGUCCCUUUCCUUAGUCCAGCACCCAUGACAUUAUUGAGGAGCCCUACCCAUGAUCCCCCUGGAACCCCCCUCACCAGAUGCACCCCAAUAAGUUAAUAAAUGUUUGUGACCCCUA